AUGGGUGAUCGCUGUGGCUCAUUUCUGAUAUUUUGUUCAUUCAUUGCGCUCUUUGGAUCCUCGACCGAGGCUGCUGAUAUUUUUCUGGAGUGGGACGUCGCAUUCAAUUGGACUAUCGCGCCAGCGAACACCGAUCAGCCGGUUAUCACCGUCAAUGGAAUGUUUCCAGGACCAUUGAUCAACGCAACCACCAACGACAACAUCUUUGUGAACGUAUUUAAUAAUAUCGAUGAGCCAUUGCUUUUUACAUGGAAUGGAAUUCAACAAAGACUGAACUCAUGGCAAGAUGGAGUCUCAGGAACAAACUGCCCAAUUCAACCUGGGAAUAACUGGACAUAUGCAUUUCAAGUAAAAGACCAAAUUGGCAGCUUCUUCUACUUCCCCUCCAUCAACUUCCUAAAGUCAGCCGGAGGCUAUGGCCCCCUCCGAGUAAACAACCGUAUCGUGAUCCCUGUUCCGUUUGCAAGACCAGAAGGCGAGUUUGAUCUUCUUAUUGGGGAUUGGUAUUCUUACUCUUACAAGGAAGCAAGAGGAGUUGUU